AUGUCUUCCAUAGGCCCACAAAUCCCAGCACACUUCCUUCCAACCGUCGCAUCAGCCGAGGAUUCUGAAGAAGACAAUGAUUACACGCCAGCUCUUCCACCUGACCUUACUGCCUCCUGCGCAGCUGGGCCUUCGUUGCCGUCAAAGAGCGAAUCGAAUGUAGCGCCUCCAAAACACCAAUACGUAGGACCAUCAUUACCUGGCUCGCAAGCUCCUUACGAUGACGACUCGGAUUCAGAUGUUGGGCCUCAACCGCUUCCUGCAAUUUACGCUUCACGAAUAGAAGAAAAGUUGGGCGUGGAAGAGUUCUUAGAGAGGGAGGAAAGGAGAAGGAAACUUCAGGAAGAGGCAAGCAAACCGAAAAAGCUUCAGCGGGAGGAGUGGAUGCUUGUAUCCCCAAAAAGCGGCGACUUAUUGGCGUGUUCCUACGUAGAGAUCAAAGACGAAUCGUUCGACUUCGUAGUGGUAAACAAUGUCUGUCGUCUGUCGGACUACACUUUUGUCUUCACGGGAUUGCAAAGCAACGCUCCUGGCGCAGCUAUGCUCUGCACUCUUACAGGACCAUCGUUCGUGCCAAAUUUCCAGGUACUCAGAUCUACCGCAUCGGCGUCUGCCGCUCCAUUCCCUGAAGGCAUCAUUUCGCUUCCAACCCCGCUUGAGUUUAAAGUGGCAGGUGACAAGACCGUAUAUGCUGUGUACUACGCCCCGAAUAACCCAGCGUAUGGGGGUUCGAGCAUUCCCAACGAGAAGCCGCCCUGCGUGCUUAGCGUACAUGGUGGUCCCACAGGGUUAGAGACCCAGCAUUUGAACUGGCUGAAGCAGUAUUUCACAAGCAGAGGAUAUGCUUGUGGCUCUUCGUGCUAUGGGCGCGCAUAUGUGGAGCGCCUCCAAGGAAACUGGGGUAUCACCGACGUGAGCGACUGCGUUGGCGCAAUCCAAUCGCCUCAAAUUAGUUCCCUCAUUGACACCAAACGCACUGCGAUCCGGGGCGGGAGUGCGGGUGGGUUUACUACCCUUGCUGCCAUCUCCUUGGACUCCUCCGCAGCGAGCAAAGUUAAAUUUUUCGCAAGUGCCACGAACAGCUACGGAGUCUCAAACAUGGAGCUUUUUGCAGAAGAUACGCACAAGUUCGAGCUCAUGUAUAUCAUAAAGCUUCUCGGCGGUACAAGAGAAGAGAUUCCGAAAGUUUGGCACGACCGGAGCCCGGUGUAUUUCUCUGCAAACAUCAAAACCCCAUUACUCGUUCUUCAAGGCAACGAUGAUGCAGUUGCUCCGCCUUCACAAUCCUGGACUAUUAUUGAUGAGAUCAUUAAAUCUAAGGGGCAUGUUGAGGCGCAUUUCUUCGAUGGCGAACAACAUGGGUGGCGCACAUCAGGGACGUUGAAGAAGGCGAUUGAGUUCGAGAGGGAAUGGUACGAGAAGAGCAUGGUGAGGCCCGCUGUAGCAACUUGA